AUGCCAGGUCCUCUCGCCGAAGCUUCACACUUCAAAACCAUUACUUUCAAAGAGCUUCAUCCCAGCUAUGGUGCAGAGAUAAUUGGAGCCGACUUUGAGAAUGCGACCGACGAGCAGUUUCAAGAGAUCAAGUCUGCUAUGGCCAAGUAUGGUGUUCUGGUCUUCCGCAACACUGGGCUGUCCGAUGCCAAACAUGUCGAAUUCUCGUCACGCAUCGGUGCUCUCGACAACGUACGCCGGUAUCUGACUGGCGGGCGGAAGCUGCGAUACACGCAUUACGAGCUCUUCGAUGCUGGGAACGUGGACGAGGAGGGCAACGCCAUCGACCCGGACUCACCUCGUGCACACUACAACAAAGGAAACGCCCUAUUCCAUGUCGAUUCGAGCUUUAAUCCACGUCGAGCGAGCUGGUCGUUGUUGCGCGCAGUCAAAUUACCACCGCCGGGUAUGGGAGGCGAGACAGAAUUCGCUGAUAGUCGAACGGCAUGGGACGACUUGGAUGAAGACUUUAAGAUAGAACUCCUAGAUUGCGACCUCGUGGGCGCACACACGCUCUUACACUCGCGCAAAUUGGGGUCGCCCGAGUUCUUCGCAGACUUGGUACCCGAGUCAGAACCAAUGAUGCGGCACAAGAUCGUGCAGACUCAUGAACCGUCUGGUCACUGCAAACCACUCCCUGAGAGCGAAAGUGCGGCGUUGUUCGAGAGAUUGCUAAAGCAUGUCACGCAGCCAAAGUACAUCCUGAGUGUCGACUGGCUCAACGAGGGUGACAUGGUUGCAUGGGACAAUACUGCAGUCAUGCAUAGGGCAACUGGCGGUAGCUUCGAGGGUAAAUUUGUGAGGGACAUGCGGCGCACGACGGUGCAUGACGACAGCUCUACGGCUUGGGGCUUGAACGCUGGACAAGAGGCGCGUGGCUUCAAUCUACAGACCUCCAGUGGGACGACCGUAGAAACGACAGUGGCUCCAGUGAAUAUCAAGGUGUAG